UAGGUACCUACUUAAUGAUCACUAAUACAUUUAACAUUUACAACAUUUUCAAGUGAAAUAUCGUGAACGAUAAACGAUUUGAAGUAUUCCUGAGUUUUGAAUAAUUGGUUCACUUGAAGCCACGUCUCUGAAAUGUCUGAAAUCAUUCCUAAAGUGUAUGAUAUCUUUCGACCAAAUCCACAAAAGCUGCAAGAAUUGGCAGCGAUCACUAUUUGUCUGGAAAUAUGGCGUUCUGAAUUGAAGAAAUUACGUACGAGCGACACUUGGGAAAACUUUGAUCCACGCCGUCAUGCUACAAGUAUUUCAUUGAGAACUUAUUUGCCUGGUUUGCCAUCUGGUAUCUACCGCAUACUUGAAAACUAUGUCGAGAUAUUAGGCGAUUCGUUGACAGUCUGGGCAGGAAAUCAUUUUUAUGGAGUAUUUCAUGCCUGCUGUGGUAACCAUCAGCAUUACGGAGAUUUGUUGAAAUACUUCGAUGAUUUUGUAUUCGGUUACGGCGGUACUGUGCAUCAUGAACGCACAGCUAAACGCAUGAUGCAAUGUCAAAGAUUUGAUCUGAAUGAAAGGUUCUCCGUUGCUUGUCUGUAUUUUUUCGAAGACGACAUCAAAGAAAUGUGGCCACUAAUAUCAGAAAAUGAGCUGUGGCGUACUCUUAGUUUCAAGUUUUCAGAAUAUCCGACAUUAUCAUACUGGAUUUGCCGUCUCAGAAAUACAUUGCAUAAGGUAACCUUUCCAAACAGCAGGAAUGGUACUGUUUUUUCUGUUGAUGAAAUAAUGUUUAGCCGGUUCAUACCUUACAAAGCAUUACGCCAAAUGAACUAUUUUUGGAAUCGUAUGCCUUUGGAAAACCGAAUGAGCCAAGCUAACUUAUUUUUUGAAGGUCGUGUUAAAGAGUGUUUCGUUGAGUUUAUUUUACCAAGACUGGAUGAUCAACAGAUCGCAGAAAUCGUAAACGGGAAAUGCAGUGAUAUUAUGCAUUCCCUGUUGCAAAACGCCAGGUAUGAUGAAGAGUUCACUUUAAGUACUUGGAUGCACAUUAGAAAGUUUACGAGCGAACGUGAUUUUACCAGACUUGUCAUGAAAAUGUUGUUAAUUGAGGUUAUCUUAAUGAAACACUGGUACGAUGGUGUGCUGGAACGCGAUCCCGACAGCCUUGUAUAUAUGUGCUGUGAAAUAUGGAACAGUGUUCCAAAUAAUUUUAAACGAUCUGCAAUCAGAGACAUUUUAUCCAACAGCAAAUUAUUCAAAAAAAGAUGUUCUAUUAUACACGAUUUUCAAUUAUAUUCGAACGACGUCGAGUUCAUAUUCACGAUUUUGUACGAUGCAAGUUUCAAAGAAAGAAACUCAUUCUGGCAUAACUGCUGGCAUCAUUUGAUUUUGGAAAUUCGAAGCGAACAUUUGCAACGAAUGAUGAAACUUUGCUUCAGAUAUGAACACGAGAUUAUUCAAUUCAAAGAAAAAGUCAUCGCAACGAACGUAAAUGUACAUCGCUUCUGUAUUUCAUUAUUGCUUCAUUCGCAUUUUGGUAAAUUGAACAAAUUUGUAGAUUUUUUAUGGUCUGACAUACAAGCAGCGAGAAAUUUCAAACAGCAAAUACUCCAGUCAGUUUUUUUCACUGGAGACUGUUACUUUAAUCAUAUAAUUGUCCGAAAUCCAAAAUGCUUUAAUGAAUUCGUCAACGAUGCAUAUAACGAUGUUGAUCUAUCCAAUGACUUUAAAAAUCAACUUAUGUUGUCUCCUUCUGUACAAUCUUGUUUGUCAGACUAUGCUUGUUCAUUUUGCUGUCUCGAUGAAAUUAUGGAAUUCAUAGACAUAUUGGUUUUGAGAGAAGAGACUCUACCGCAGAUCAAAAUGCGCAUGAUAGAUUCAUUAAAAGAGCGUUUGUCUUCAGAUGGAAUGAGUCCACGUGAUUCGCAAUUGUUGGAGUUGUCGAGUAAAUUUUUGUUGUGGUGUUUGGGGAGUGAUGAGGAAGUUACGAAAUUCAAGGCGAGCAUGGGCGCUGUCAGGUGCAAACAUGCGCAUACUGAGUUGGUGGAGAGCCCCUGGUGGAUGCAGCCGGCAACGAGUGGACCCUCGGCGCCCAUGGCUCCGGAAUCUAGCUUGUAA